GGUCAUACGUGCGGUCCCGACCCCGCCAGCGGUUUUUAAAAACGCGCACGCCGACCUGGAUGCCUAACCCUAAUCUUCUAUGUUGGCUGGUGUUUCCUGAGGCUCGUGCGCGUGGUCUGGCUCUCCGUCUGGUCCGCGACACUUGCACGCUGUGUGUCAGUGUCCGGGUCUCGCUGCCUGUUGGCGACGGGUGGAACGAGGGAAGGGGAAAGCCAGGACCGUUUUUACAUACUCAAUGGUUGACUGACGACGGACAGAUACGGAUCUCUCAAGAUGGUGGGGCGUACAAGCAAUGGAACGCACGAUUAUGCAUGCGAUCCUGUUGCACCCGUUGCGGUCGGACAUAGGAGGGAAUCGGGCACGAUGCUGACUGAGCCUGCUAUCUUUGCUAAGGACACCAGCUGUGAGUGCCACGCCCCUCAUGAGAGACUCUCCAUUGCUCAAGCCCGCAGAGGGACCCCAGUAGACCGCCCAGUACGUGUAUAUGCAGAUGGGAUAUUUGAUCUGUUCCACUCCGGCCAUGCCAGAGCCCUGAUGCAGGCGAAGAACCUCUUCCCCAACGCAUACCUCAUAGUGGGAGUGUGUAGUGAUGAGCUGACCCAUAAGUAUAAGGGUUUCACUGUGAUGACGGAGGAUGAGAGGUACGAGGCUCUGAGACACUGUCGCUAUGUCGACGAAGUGGUCCGAGACGCACCAUGGACGCUCACACAGGACUUCCUGGAAAAGCACAAGAUCGAUUUUGUGGCUCAUGAUGAUAUCCCAUACUCCUCAGCAGGAACUGAGGACGUCUACAAACACAUCAAGGAGGCAGGCAUGUUUGUGCCAACUCAGCGGACGGAGGGUAUCUCGACCUCUGACCUGAUCACUCGUAUUGUACGAGACUACGACCUCUACGCUAGACGCAAUCUACAGCGAGGCUACACCGCUAAAGAGCUCAAUGUCAGCUUCAUCAAUGAGAAGAAGUACCGCCUGCAGAACCAGGUGGACCGUAUGAAGGAGAAAGUGAAAACGGUGGAGGAGAAGAGUAAACACUUUGUCUACCGCGUGGAGGAGAAGAGCCAUGACCUCAUACAGAAGUGGGAGGAGAAAUCACGGGAGUUCAUCGGUAACUUCCUGGAACUGUUUGGCCCAGAUGGAACGUGGAAACAGGUGUUUAGUGAGCGUAGUGGUCGGAUGAUCUCCUACGCCCUAUCACCCCACGGAUCACCUAGCAACAGUCCCCCCCGGCAACUUUCUCUGUCUCGUUCCCCGUCUCCCCCUUCUCGCUGGCUUCACCCCCGACCAGCCUCCCCUUCCUCACCCAAAGGGGCUUCCGCCUCUUUCAGUAGCAUGAGUGAGGAAGAUGAGAAUGAGAAAUAGGGGCCUGGACUGUGGGACAGACACCUGACACCACGCAUAUACACACGCCUAACAGCUGAUGCCAUGCAUACACACACACACACACACACACACACACUUAAGACCACACACUCACAUUCUGCCUGAAAGGUGCUGUCACACGCACACAUACACACACACACACUCUCUCUCUCCGACAUCCCCUUCCACACACUGGCAGCAAUGACUGGAUGCUGAAGGAAGUUGUAGAUAUGCAAGACAUGGGAAAUGUAGUGUAGUGCUGUAGCACGAAGAAGCCAUCACAGUCUCUGUUGCCUGGGCAACGAAGCAGACGGGAGUGUAGAGAACAGAAGAUGAUGCGACAGACCUGUUUUCGAUUGCUCAGGUCUGACAGACGGUAAAUAAAAGAUUGCCUGUUGAUCAUAUCACUCCAUUUUAUGUCCUCCUUUUUCUCUAUCCUUUCUUUUUGUUUUUAAAUCUCAUGUUAUUGUCAUAUUUUAGAGAAAAACUAGGAUAAACAUGAUAGAUGCAAUUUUACAGCAAUCGUCUGCAGUGUGACUAUUUGCAUUGUGAUAUUACGUGAGUAGCAGGGUUGGGGUCAAUUCCAUUUUGAUUCCAGUCAAUUCAGAAAGUAAACCAAAUUCCAAUUUAAAAUGUUCCUAAUUGAAGAGAAUUGGAAUUUCAGUGUACUUUCUGAAUUGAUUGGAAUUUAAAUGGCCCCAACCCUGGUGAGUAGACCUACACCAUUACAGAACUCUCCAGAUAGAGACUGAAUUUAUAGACAAACAGACACAGUUCUCUAUACUAUACAGUAAGAGAAUAGUCUGUGUCUGCCCUAUGCAUUCUGUUUCUAACUGCAUCAUUCUGUAAUGUGGUGCAUACUGACUGUGGCCUAGUUUGUAGAUUUAACAGAGAAACACUGUCCUCUAGUGGAGUAAUAGUGUGACUGCAGCCUUCCUGGGAGACAAGAGGCCACUUUAGACUAUUGAGAUGCACCCCACUGAAUCACAAAUAAUUCUGUACCAGAUGAUUUGCCAUAGCUACUAGUCUCCCUAGGCAGAAGAGUUGCCUCCCACAGUGUUAACAAUGUUCCAGCAUAGGUCUGGGAUUUCCGAGACUACAUAGCGACUGCAUAAAUGAAUGGAUGUUACGUUUCAACAAUGUUAACACCAUGGAACUUAGUACGUGAUUGGUGAUUGCAUAACGAACAGAACACUUGUCCCUCCCCCCUCCCGCUUUCCCAAUAUGGCCGCCUGGCCGGCCUGUCUCUUGUAAACAGUGCUUUCAAUUGGAGAAACUGAUCUGUCAAUUUAUUUGCUUUUAGAAUGUACAAUUGUGACAGCUUAUUCAGAAGCCGUCCUUAUUAGAAAUGAGAGAGCAAAGGUUGUAUAGUACAGGGAUGGUCAGUGUCAUCCACAAAGGGCUGGUGUGGCCCUAGAAUCAGGUGGCUGGAAUAAAAGCUUGCACCCACACUGGCCCUUUGUGGAUAAGCUUGGUCCGCCCUGUUGUAGUAGAAUCAUUGUGCUCUCCUCUUGCUCUCUCGCCCAGCUAGUCACAUGACACAGAACUGUUCUUCAACUUGAUGUCUCUCGCUAUGACACAUCAUAGGCCACAACUGUUCCACAGCGGAAACCCACGAGAUCACUUCCUACCACACACCUCCUGAUCCACCUUAGAGACGUUCUUGUCCCGUAUUCAUUAUAUGUAACCCUGCACUGUGUGUACAAGAUUGGGAAUGUGUCUUUCUGUUUGUAUGGUCUUAUUUUCUAAUGUAUAAUUCCUAAUGGCGUAAUAUGUAAAUAAAUAGAAAAUGAAAGUCAUUGAAAGAGAAGCAGCUUGGUGAUUGUUUCCUCUCAAUCUCUCUUUUUCCAACAGAUACAGACUUGGAUGCACGCGUAUGCACGCAUGCAUAGAACAGACGUACAAUGUCCGUUUUUUGUUCUCUUUAUUGUAGGUUUGGAAAAUUGACAGUAGGUAUUGCAAGCUUGAUCUCAUGCUGAAUACCUCUAUAUUGUUGUAUUUCACCGUGUGUCUACUGUCUAAGCUAGCCGCUACUGUUCCACAUGUAUACAUACAAAAGUGACUGGUUUAUGAUAAGAUGGGCUGCAUACAUUUGCACAAUCUUUCUCUACAGGGAGGAGCUCAAACAGUGCACAGACAUCUCCUUACAUCAGAGAUACAGUAAGGAUACAUGAGUAAUCACUUCACACCAGUUCAAUAUAUUACCAUACUGUAUAUACAAUAUAAGCUACUAACACCUUAGAGGUACAGAAAGGUAAGGAAGGAUUCACUACCUUAUCUACAGCUAAGCCUACUUUAACUCUUUAGGUGCCUCCUUGGCAGUGCUGGAAUGAGUUAGUUCAGGUUUUGCUGAAAACUGAGAAUGGAUGAUGUCAGCUGAUCUGAGCUCCAUGAUUGGUCCAAGUUUGGCCCACUUUUCAUAAACCAGCGAAUGAGGAUAACUAGAAACACAAACAAACAAGGUAAUAUUAUCCCAGAGUUAACUAAGACAAUUGAUCCUUAUUAGAGAGGCCUGAAUGAAAUGUAAUCCUCAUAUGAAGACAUUGAUGAAGAAAAACAAAGUAUGUGUAUACUGUAGCUUGUGACCUUUAAAAUCAAAAGAGGGCGGAAAGAGCCCUCAGAAAUAAUCAUCAUCCAGCUAAAAAAUUGAAGUAAAAAACAAAUGAUCAAAACACAACCCUGUUCCUAUGCAAAAUAACCCUUGUUCCAGGAAUACAAUAUAUUUGUUCCCUAAAGCGCCAUUAACAGGUCCAUACUCCGGCACAAACAAUGGAGUUUCAAAAUGGCCACUUUGUAACACCACUACAACACCCCAGAUUCUUCUGGACACUUAGAUACAAAUAUUAAUUUAAUCCAUUCCCUUCCAUCCUUGAAGAGCAUUAUUCACACACUUCAACCAAUGACAACCAUUACAUGUCUUAUUGGAAAACCAUUCAAAAUACUCCAGUUGAUGUUCGUUCAAUGUUCAGAAGACAGAAGGUUUAGUGAAUACCACAUUGUUAGCGAUAGUCUUGGUUAACGUGAGAAUGUUCAUAUUGCUUUGCAGGGUUGAUGGUGCCACAGGUGGACAAACAAGGCUAACAUAAUGUAGCCAUCUUUAUGAUUGGUAAUUUAGCCUUUGCAUGGUCUUAUCAGGAUGUGGAAGGAGCAGGGAGGGUUAACAGUAACACAUGUAAUGCUGGUGAGGUUUAUAAGCAAUAAACUACAUGAAAGACAAGGCUCACAUGGUGAACCAUCUGUAGUUAACAUUAGCGUCCUAAAAACAUAAUUUUCUUUGAGGCUCAGAGCAAUGCUUCCUAUAGAUUACCUCCUAAAUGCGGCACCAAUUUGUUCAAUAGAAACAACUUGAUGCCAGAGGUUUUUAGAAAGGGGGCAAGACUGCUAGGUGGGCUGUCUCUGACCUUUCAAAGGGUUCGGGAGGAUCAGUAUCGCUGGUUAAGAUCUGGGGGAAAGUUUGAGGAUGACUAUUUCACUAUGUUCUCCUGUCAAACCAACACGUCACAAUACAUUUAAAAUAUAAUAAAAACGAAAUCUCCCUUUUGGAAUGGAGUUGAAAUGAAACUAUAGCCAUCAGGGCAUUUGACAUGCAAUACUUUUUCUUUAACUCCUCAGAGUUCCAAGUCUCCCUCUCUUUCUGAGAUAAUGGAAUAAUAAAAAAGAUACAUCGGUUUGUUCCUGAUUCUUUCUGUAAUAUACAAUAUAACAUACGUAAUGCAUAAUAAUGAUCUGUAGUUAGUUUAAAGCUUGAUCCCAUCGUUCAUAUAGGCAUAGUUAUUCACUGCAACUAUUUUCUAUAACUUGGCAUUGGCGCGCGCCACUGUAACCAUGACAAUCGUACCAAUCGUAACUAUGACUACGGCCCACACUGACCCCAUUUGUGCCCAAUUAACCUCGUGCCAGUCGUGCCCCGGCUCGAAUUACUGGCGCCUACAGCCUGGUAACGGGGGUGGUCAGUGCUAUCUGGGAUCCUUGGGAUGUCCCUACCCUAAACCCUAUAUCCAGUCAGAUAAACACUCCAAACAGCCUACC